AAGACAUCACUAACUUAGUAUCCAUACUUCGAUUAACAAUCCAAAAAAAAUCAUACACUUCUUCAAUAUGUUCAAAUUUGUUGUUGUCUUUGCUGCCUGUUUCGCCUAUGCUGCUGCUGGUGUUGUUCAGCCCACUGCUUUAGCUGCUGCUCCCGCCGCUGUAGCUGCUUAUGCUAAUGCUCCUUUGUAUGCUGCUGGUGGCAGUCAACAAAUUGAUGUUCGUCACAACUACGAUGGCACUUUGUCUUCUUACACCACCACUCCCUUCGCUUACACUUCUCCCGUGUCUAGCCGUUAUGUAGCUGGUGCUCCUGCUGCCUAUGCUGCUCCUGCUUUUGCUGCUCCCGCUGCUUAUGCUGCUGCUCCUGCUAAAUAUGUUGCCCCCGCUGGUGUUGCUGCUCCUUUCGCUGUAGCUUCUCCUUAUGCUGCUCCCUAUGCUGCUCAAUAUGCUGCUCACUAUGCCGCUCCUUAUGCUGCUCACUAUGCCGCUCCUUAUGCUGCUCCCUAUGCCGCUCCUUAUGCUGCAGCUUACGGUGCUCCUUUGGCCACCCCUUUCGCUGCUGCUCCCGCUAAAGUAGUAGUUUAAAUUUAAAAUUAUUUUCCUUUUUCAAAUAUUGUUUUUGUAUAUAAUUGUUGAUAUUAAUA